GGGGCGGGGCUGCGCUCAGGACGCGCGGGCCUUAUAGUCUCCCGGAAGGCGCGCGGGGCCCGCGGUGGUGAACACAACAGGCCCUCGAGGGAACCCCGGCCCUGCGAUCCCCCUGUGCCUCUCCUCUCCGCAGACCCGCGCGGCGUCAGCUCGCCCGUACUCGCUGAGCCUAACCCCGCGGCCGCUGCCGUGCGGCCUGCGUCGCCUCCCGUAGUUCCCCGACAGGCUAUGGCCGCCCGCCUCCUGCGCGUCGCCUCCGCCGCCCUCGGCGACACGGCCAGCCGGUGGCGGCUUCUCGCGCGACCCCGCGCGGGAGCCGGCGGCCUCCGCGGGAGCCGAGGGCCGGGCCUGGGCGGCGGCGCGGCGGCGACGCGGACGCUGAGCGUAUCGGGGCAAGCGCAGAGCAGCUCAGAAGAUAAAAUAACAGUCCACUUUAUAAACCGUGAUGGUGAAACAUUAACAACCAAAGGAAAAGUUGGUGACUCUCUGCUAGAUGUUGUGGUUGAAAAUAAUCUAGAUAUUGAUGGUUUUGGUGCAUGUGAGGGAACCUUGGCUUGUUCUACUUGUCACCUCAUCUUUGAACAGCACAUAUUUGAGAAAUUGGAAGCAAUCACUGAUGAGGAGAAUGACAUGCUUGAUCUGGCAUAUGGACUAACAGAUAGAUCGCGGCUGGGCUGUCAGAUCUGCUUGACAAAGGCUAUGGACAAUAUGACCGUUCGAGUACCCGAUGCCGUGUCUGAUGCCAGAGAGUCCAUUGAUGUGGGCAUGAACUCCUCAAAGAUAGAAUAAAUAGGAAUAUUUUCACAACAUUUUACCUAUUUUUAUAAUUAUUAUUUCUUAAUGUAAUUAAAUGAGGACAUGGAUGAAUGGAUUUAUUAUUAUGACUAGAUUUACUACUUAAUUCAUCUAACUGCUGAAUUUUGUAGUUCUGAAAGUAUGCCAUCUUUAUUUUGAUUAAAUUAUAAAAACAAAUAUUAGAAAGUAGUUAAUAUGAUAAAACCUUAUAUAUUUUACCUGUGUUUGAUCAGCAACAUAAAUCUUAUGCCUGCUUACCUAUAGGUAAGUAGGUUAAAAAAAAGAGUGUCAUUAUCUCUCUUGGACAUGGGUGGAGGCAGAGAUGUAAGAUGGCUUGUCUAGGGUCAUACUGCAAAUUAGAAGGUCAGUACUAGAACUGUACGUGUUUAGGUUGAAACUGGGGAAAUUAGGGAUAUCUUAUUUAAAGUCUGAGCACAGAUAAUAAAGCACUGUCAAA